AUGGCCGGGGAUGACCGUGUCAAAAGAGGAGAAGAAAGUAUCAUUCAGGAUGCUUUUCAUAAGGACUGCUUUGUCGCAUGGUUCCAUUCGAUCUGCGAAGAAACAGGCCUCUCCUGUACGCCAGACGUGCUCAAUAACCUUCCGUGGAAAGAUAUCCAAAGCCUCACACUUCAACUUUUGUUGGCCCUAGAACAUUCUGCGAUGUGCGAUUUAACGCCGAGAUAUAGCCGUGCGACUGCCCUGAACGACAUCCAGAAAUUGAAGUCUGCAGUUCUUUCCGAAACAAUUGACCCCUCCCGUUUACGGCCUCUUCUGACUUCAGCUAUCGCUUGUACGCCAGAUAGCGAUAUAUGGGAAUGCCUUCAUGGCGCAGUCCCUGGAUACACCACUCCUCGACAAGAAAUUGCCUCCCCCAGCCAACAAACCCCAUGGAGCUACAAUACGAGUAGCCUCGCAAACUCCUCCGAAUUCCGCCAAGAUAUUGAUCGUGUCCUCGAGGCUGAGCUUGGAGCUCUGUAUGUUGGACUCCCGCACUUUCACUCAACAUUCUUUGGAGGCGUCAGUGGUCUCCAAGCAGCAUCCCAUGCCGUAUUUAAAAUAUGCACCGAAGGCAAAGAUGCGCUUUUUGCUGCUGAUGGGUGGAAAGACUGGCCAAAAGUUGCAAAGCAAGAAGAUGUAUUGACAUGGUUUGCAGAUAUAACCGAAAAACUUGCUGAACUCUCCAAAGACUAUCGUCCAGAGUCAGCACAGCUACGAAGGCCACUAGCCCAGCCUAACAAGCCUAUCCAAGGCUCUACAGCAGAGCGUAAGCUGGACAUUGGCUUCGUUAGUGACAUAAAUGCAGGAAAGGACACCAGGUGUCAAUGGUCAGACAUCCUCGUGCCUGGAGAGCUGAAGAGGAAUCCAGCAGCCGACACCGCUUCAAAGGCAUGGCUUGAUUUGGGGAGGUAUGUUAGAGAAGUCCUUCUGGCUCAAGAUACCCGCCGCUUUGUUUUGGGAUUUACCCUAUGUGGCUCCCUCAUGAGGAUAUGGGCCUUUGAUCGUCUUGGGGGAGUCGCAUCGGAACAGUUCGACAUUAAUAAGGACGGUCUCCAAUUUGUGUUCAUCAUUCUCGGCUUUCUAUGGAUGAGUGAUGAGCAAUAUGGAUUUGACCCUACGAUCAUCACGAAAGAAGAUGGUCGGCGUUGCAUCGAGAUCGAACAGAGCGGCCAAGUGCAGCUUCUCGUCCUUAAAAGACUGAUCAAACGGGCACCCUGUAUCGCAGGUCGAGCAACAACAUGUUGGGAAGCGUAUUGUGAAAACGAACCCGGGGUUCCACUCGUUGUCAAGGACUCCUGGCAAUAUACGGAGCGGGACGACGAGGGUGAUCUACUUCAAGAGGCUACCAGUACUGGGGUGAUCAACGUUGCACGGCACUAUUACCACAACACUGUUUGCGUUCGCGGGAAGACUGACGACAUUCGGGAUAACGUUCGGGGCGGGUUGGAUAUCAGGACUGCGAGCAAUUAUUGUCUAGAGCGACUGGCACCACCUUCGGCCGACACCAGCGUAGCUGAUGCCUCGCGAGAGAGUCGGUCCGCCGGUAGACCAGGCGUAAAGCGAACUCCUAGCCAAACAGAUGCCUCCAUGCCGCCUAGCAAGCGAGUACGAUCUUCGAAGGCACCCGGCAGUCCACAUAAACUACCGAAUCGGGUCCACCGCCGUAUCGUCUUGCGCGAUUAUGGUGAACCGAUUUACAAGGCAAGCACUCAUGAAAGCCUGCUCGCCGCGUUAGAGGGAUGCAUUACAGGGCAUCAGUCUUUGCACGAGGUAGGGAUCCUUCACCGAGACAUCUCAGCCAGUAACCUCAUGGUCAACGAAGAUGUGAAUAACCCGUCCUGGCCGGCUUUCUUGAUUGAUCUUGAUCUGGCCAUCCGAGAGGAAAGAGAUGGCGCCUCGGGUGCAAAUUCCAAGACUGGUACGAGGGCUUCAUGGCAAUCGGCUCGCUUCUCGGUGAGAAGCAUUCUUUCAUGCAUGACCUUGAAUCAUUCUUCUGGGUCAUCUUCUGGAUAUGCAUCCACUAUGAAGGCCCGGGGAAAGGAAGAGUUGUUGCCAGGUUUGACAAAUGGAACUUUGCCGACACAUCUGAUUUGGCUUUUCUGA